AUGUGGCGUCAUACCAUGACGAAAUAUCGUCUGAUUAAUGUGUUUACUAUCUGGAAACGUUAUUUAGACGACCGACGUGGUCAAUACGCCGUUGCUGCCAGUAUGAAGCGUAUGUUAGAGCAGCGAAUACUACAGAGCUUGUUCACAGCGUGGAGUCUCCUAAACACAACAUACAAAAUGGCUCUUCGUCGGGAACAGAGAGAGUUGCAGAGGUGGAGACGGACAUGUUGGCACCAUUGGAAAUUGCGGCGUGUGUCCUGUCGAUGGCGACGUUCUCAGCAAUUAAUUCUGUUGCAACUUACUUUCUCUAAAGGAUUUAAGCGGUACGCUCUUCAACAGCAAGCGUGUCGUGAGAUUUGCUUACAAACAGCACGCAAUUUGCUACUGCGAGCUCUGACCCAAUGGCGCGUUGAAUUGUGGCUAGCUCUCAACCAACACAAGUUGAUAUUAAACGCUAAACACAAUGCUCUAAUGCACUGGAAAGCGUUCGUAGCAGCCUGUCGACAGAAGAGGCGGUGGGAAUAUUACGUGCAGCAAUUGCAUCGCUCUCAGACUCGAUUUAAAGCAUCGACGCUAGACCAAAAGUGUCAAAUUGGCGGUAUAUUCCGCCACGCACGAGCUCUACAAUCGCAACUUAAAAGAAAUCGAGUCUUGCUGACUCACGUGCUUCAUGCUUGGUACCUCGUCGUGCAGAAUCGUCCACUGGAAUUAUGGGCUCAUCGCGUGAUGGAAAAGUGCUUCUUAACGUGGAGAGAGCAGUCGGUAGGCAAACGAGCCGAGCUAGCGUGA